AUGUCUAAAUUUUUCGCUAACAUCCAAGAAUUACCUCCAGAUCCAUUAUUUGGAUUAAAAGCUCGUUACAAUGCUGAUUCUCGUGCUGAUAAGGUUGAUUUGGGAAUUGGUGCUUACAGAGAUAAUAAUGGUAAACCAUGGAUUUUACCAGCAGUUAAACAAGCCGAACAAAAAUUGAUUAAUAGUGAAGGAUACAAUCACGAGUAUUUAUCAAUUAGUGGAUAUGAACCAUUUUUGAAAGAGUCCGCUAAAGUUAUAUUGGGCGAAGAUUCUGUUGCUAUCAAACAAAAUAAAAUUGUUAGUCAACAAUCAUUAUCCGGAACCGGAGCAUUACAUUUAGCGGGAGCCUUUUUGAAAAAUUUCUAUACUGGAUCCAAUGAGGGCAAAGUUUACUUGUCUAAACCAACUUGGGCCAAUCAUAAUCAAAUUUUCACCAGUUUAGGUUUAAAAGUUGAUAGUUAUCCAUACUGGGAUAACGAUAAUAAGAGUUUGGAUUUGAAAGGUUUUUUGAAUUCAAUUAAACAAGCACCUAAUGGAUCAAUCUUCUUAUUACAUGCUUGUGCCCAUAAUCCAACUGGAUUAGAUCCAACUAAAGAUCAAUGGGUUCAAAUUUUGAAUGAAAUAUCUCAGAAGAAUCAUGUUAUUUUAUUUGAUUCAGCUUAUCAAGGUUUUGCUAGUGGAGAUUUAGAAAAAGAUGCUUUUGCCAUUAGAAGUGCCAUUAACAACGAUAAAAUCAAGACACCAAUUGUGAUUUGUCAGUCAUUUGCUAAAAAUGUUGGUAUGUACGGUGAAAGAGUAGGUGCAGUUCAUAUUAUUAAUAAUGAAGAUAACUAUGAAACAAUUAAUCGUGCAAUCAAAUCCCAAUUGAAUAAAUUGAUUAGAUCUGAAGUAUCCAAUCCACCAGCUUAUGGAGCUAAAAUUGUGGCUACAGUUUUAAGUGAUGCAAAAUUAAGAAGUCAAUGGGAUCAAGAUUUAACCACCAUGAGUUCAAGAAUUAUUAAAAUGAGAAAUCAUUUAAAACAAUUAUUAAUCGAAUUGAAAACACCUGGUAAUUGGGAUCACAUCACCAAUCAAACCGGUAUGUUUUCAUUUACUGGAUUAACUCCAGAAAUGGUUUCCAGAUUAGAAGAAAAACAUGGUGUUUAUUUAGUUAGUAGUGGUCGUGCUUCGGUUGCUGGGUUAAAUGAACAUAACGUUGAAAAAGUAGCUAAAGCUUUUGAUGAAGUUGUUCGUUUUUAUUCAAAAUCUAAAUUAUAA